ACAUGAAUUGAAUUGACCAAACUCAUCCAAUUCAAUUUUAUUUUCCGUCAAUUCCCCUCUCUCUCUCUCUCUAAGGUACAUUCCCUAGAGAGAGAAACAACCCAUCUCCGAUCGCCGCCGUCAACCUCACCGGCAAACCACCAUUCGCUGACAUGAUCAACCACUCCUCCCUCCUUUGAUGCGACGAUCGAAUGCCCGCAAUCGGUUCGGUUCGAGUCCCAACAAAAUGGAUCCGAAGCUCCAAAUCCGCUCCACCAACCUCUUCGCUCGCAACAACAACAACAACGCUUCAUCUUCUUCUUCCUCCAGGUCCCUCUGCUCCAACCACACCUUCCUCAUUCCCUUCCUCUUCUCCCUCCUCCUCCUAUUCUUCUCCUACCACGCCUUCUUCUCCUCCGGUACCGGCGGUUUCCGGUACCGGAUCAUCGUGGAUGGUGGCAGCACGGGGAGCAGGGUCCACGUCUUCAAAUUCAAAGUGGGUGAUAGUGUGUUCGAUUUCGGGAAGGAGGGGUUGGCGUCGAUGAGGGUGAACCCGGGUUUGUCGUCGUUCGCGGAGGAUCCGGAUGGGGCGGGCGGGUCGCUUUCGGAGCUGGUGGAAUUCUCGAAGGGUUGGAUCCCGAGGGAGAGUUGGAGGGAUACUGAGAUUCGGCUUAUGGCUACUGCUGGGUUGAGGAUGCUGGAUGCGGAGGUGCAGGGGAGGAUCCUUGAGUCUUGUAGGAGGCUCUUGCGUUCUUCUGGGUUCAGGUUUAGGGAUGAUUGGGCUUCUGUCAUCACAGGUUCUGAUGAAGGAGUGUAUGCUUGGGUUGUUGCUAAUUAUGCACUGGGAGCUCUUGGAGGUGAUCCUUUGGAGACAACUGGGAUCAUUGAACUUGGUGGUGCUUCUGCUCAGGUGACCUUUGUAUCAAGAGAAGCAAUGCUGCCCAUGUUCUCACGUGCUGUUCAAUUUGGGAAUAUCACAUACAACCUUUACAGUCACAGCUUUCUUCAUUUGGGCCUGAAUGCUGCUCAUGACUCAUGGAGAGAAGCACUUAUAUCAGGAGAUUUAAGCCUGGCUUCUCAAUUUAUUCAGGAGGGGUUGCAUGUAGAUCCUUGUACACCUUCAGGGUACUCUUAUAAUGUUGAUUCAGGGAAGUUCUCUCCUAGCUCAUACAGUAAAAUAAACCAAUAUCAUUCCACUGUUCAAACAAGAGGAAACUUUUCAGAGUGCAGAUCUGCAGCAUUGAUGCUACUACAAAAAGGGAAAGAAUCAUGUUCCUAUCAACAUUGUGACAUAGGAUCAACUUUCAUACCUAAGCUUCAGGGCAAAUUUUUAGCGACAGAAAAUUUCUUUCACACAUCAAAGUUUUUCGGAUUGGGGUCAAGGGCCUAUCUGUCCAAGUUGAUAACUGCUGGGCAGGAAUUCUGUGGAGAUGAUUGGUUAAGGCUGAAGAAAAAAUAUGUAUCUCAUGACGAGGAAGAUUUACUUCGAUAUUGCUUCUCUUCAGCAUACAUUGUUGCUCUGCUUCAUGACAGUCUUGGAAUUGCUCCAAAUGAUGAGAGGGUCAAGGUUGCUAGUCAGGUAGGAAGUAUUCCGCUUGAUUGGGCUUUGGGAGCUUUUAUUCUGCAAACCACUAAUGAUGUAGAUAUACUGAACCACGGCUGGAUUGCUUCCUUUUUCAGUGAUGAAUCGCCAACUUUCCUCUCACUUGUUGGAAUUUUUAUAAUAUUGUUAUUUACAGCAUGGUCUGUAUCUAGGUGGAGGAAACCUCAGUUGAAGACAAUAUAUGAUCUAGAAAAAGGGCGAUAUAUAAUUACACGAAUUGGUAGAUAAAGAUGGAUAGUAUAGACCAGAUCCUGGUUCUUGGCCUACACCAUUGGAGGUAUGUUGUGAUUAUGAUGAAAUUAUUUAUCCUCUCCCCUUGAUGGUCGCGUCAUACCAUCCGGGCCAUGCUAGUGGGACUGAGACUGUACAUCGUUGGACUGGAUUUGUGGAUGCAGCAUGUGGAGUUACUCUUA